AUGAUGUCCUACAUUAAACAGCCACACUACGCAGUCAAUGGACUGACGUUAGCGGGAACGGGGAUGGAUUUAUUGCAUUCUGCUGUGGGGUAUCCAAGUAAGUUGGGUUUUAUAUCUUGUUUUAUUGUAUUAUGGGCUUACACACCACGGAAGCAGAGAAGGGAGAGGACAACGUUUACAAGGGCACAGUUGGAUAUUUUGGAAGCCCUGUUUGCAAAAACACGUUAUCCUGAUAUCUUCAUGAGGGAAGAAGUGGCCUUAAAAAUCAAUCUCCCAGAAUCCCGGGUGCAGGUGUGGUUUAAGAAUAGAAGAGCCAAAUGUCGCCAGCAACAGCAGCAGAGCAAUGGACAGGCCAAACCACGUCCUGCCAAAAAGAAGACUUCUCCUGCAAGAGAGACUAACUCAGAGGCUAGCACCAAUGGGCAGUAUAGCCCUCCACCACCUGGCACAGCAGUGACCCCCAGCUCCUCAGCUAGUGCCACAGUCUCCAUAUGGAGUCCGGCUUCUAUAUCUCCCAUUCCAGACCCCCUGUCUGCAGUCACCACUCCUUGUAUGCAAAGAUCAGCUGGAUACCCCAUGACCUACAGUCAAGCUCCAGCCUACACCCAGAGCUAUGGAGGAUCAUCAUCUUACUUCACUGGUCUGGACUGUAGCUCCUACCUAUCACCCAUGCAUCCACAGCUGUCUGCUCCAGGCGCCACACUGAGCCCCAUUGCCACUCAGACAAUGGGUAGUCACCUCAGCCAGUCACCCGCAUCUCUAUCUGCCCAGGGAUAUGGAGCUUCCAGCCUUGGGUUCACCUCAGUGGAUUGCUUAGACUACAAGGACCAAACUGCUUCUUGGAAGCUUAAUUUCAAUGCCACUGACUGCCUUGAUUAUAAGGACCAAAGUUCAUGGAAAUUUCAGGUCUUGUAA